CGGGUUUAAGAGAUAGUUUGCGGCUGGGUAGGCGGCUUGUCUGAACUGCAGGGCUGUGGUGGAGUGUGAGUGGACAGUGAUUAGGAGACAGGGCUCUGCCUGGAAUUGUGUGACUAAGCUCUGGGACCCUACCAGCCGGACUGACUACACCGGACUCCGCCAAUGACAAAUCAUGGUGUUAAAGGCAUAUAGUGGGGAUUGUAAGCAGAAAAUGUGCAACUGAAGUUCCUCAACACCUGAAAUGGAGAACAAUAUCCAGAGAGCGAUGCAUAACGCAGUGCAGGUUUGGUUUGGAGAUGAUCUGCUAAUAACUCAGAGAAGUCCUUUGACGACUCCCAGACAUGGUCCAGGUCUGUCUGAUGUUUCUCAGUACGAUCAGUGGUUGGCUGUGCGCCAUGCUGCCACCCUGGUACCAAUGCAGGAAGAUCUGGCAAUAUGGCUGAGUGACUUGUUGGGUGUAAAAGUAAGAAGUGAGAAGUUUAUGGAUGAUCUCGACAAUGGUGUUCAUCUCUGCCAACUCAUCCAUGCUGUACAGGACACUAUGAGGAAAUGCUGCUCCCCUGAAGAGUUGAUGGGUGUGCCCAUGAGAAGAGUUCCAUGCAGAAAAGAUGCUCGGUCUGGCUCGUUUUUUGCUCGGGACAACACUGCUAACUUUCUCCGCUGGUGCAGAGGCAUUGGAGUGGAUGAAGCUUAUCUUUUUGAAUCUGAGGGCUUGGUGCUGCAUAAAGAUCCCCGGCAAGUAUGUCUGUGUCUCCUAGAUGUUGGACGAAUUGUAUCCAGAUAUGGAGUAGAACCACCAGUUCUGGUAAAACUAGAGAAGGAAAUUGAACUGGAAGAAACCUUGAUAAUGGAGUCUGGACCGCUGAUCCCAACAACAAUACAAAAAUCCUGCUGUCACCAUGUACAUGAAGCUGUGACUCACAUUGCUCAGGACCCACCAUGCAAUUGCUCUCACCGCUUCUCUAUUGAGUACUUAUCAGAGGGUCGCUAUCGAUUAGGGGAUAAGAUCCUCUUCAUACGGAUGCUACAUGGAAAGCAUGUCAUGGUCCGAGUUGGAGGAGGCUGGGACACACUACAAGGGUUUUUGCUUAAGUAUGACCCUUGCAGGGUUUUGCAGUUUACUACUUUAGAGCAAAAAAUUCUUCAAUUCCAAAAGGGAGGGGCAAGCGAGAAUGUAUCAUUGCAAUCGGGCAGAACACCGCAACCUCCUGUUAUGAAUCCCAUAUCUGCAAUUGGUGUCUCUCAAAAGUCAGCCUCUACACCAUCUACGCUUUCAUCCUCUUCUAACGGUAAUCUCCGAAGUGAAAAGUCCCCCAUGCUGACUCCUCACAGGGGAACAAAAAAUACACCAUCUGCUUCAAUGCGCCCUAAAAUCCAAACUGUUCCAAGGAAAGGCUCCCCGUUGCUUCCUGAGCCACAAAGGAAGGUGGCAAAGAAAUCUAACUCUCCUCCACAUGCCACUACUAUAAGUACCAGAGGUGCACAAAACAAUUCUCCUCAAAGAAAACUUUUCACUUCACCCAAGGGUACUGGCCCAGUUUCUAAUAAGGCUAUGAAAAGCUCUGGUCAUGUAACAAAAGCAUCUCCAAAUGCUAGAGAUUUGACUCAACGUGUCAGCCCUGUGCAGCAGACACAGUCAAUAAAAAGUUCUCCUAAAUCACCUGUGCCUCUUAAGACGCUACCUAAGGAUGCUACUUCUUCCCAGACAAAGCCAGCACCAAAAUCAACUACAGAUGCUCACAAAGGAGCUACUACAUCAGCAACUACUAGGACUGCACUAUCUAAGAGGGCUGAGACUGCAAAAGUGACCAGCAAGAGUACAACUGAUCAGAAAUCUGCUUCAGUAGUGUCGCCCUCAAGAGAACUCAAAGGAAUUAAAAAGACAGAUUUGCAGAAAAACAAUCUGAUUGACAGGAAGCCAUUUGUGGUGUCGUCUCGCAUUCCUCCUAAAAGUCCCCCUUUUUCCUACCCCUCUCAACCAGUGGCUAAACCACUAGUUACAGCCGUUUCCCUGUCAAAACCCAUAAGUAGAAACACUACUAAACCAGUCCAGCCUCAGAGAUAUGGCACAACUAAGGCUGCAACUGAUAAGGCCACCAUUUCUGGUCGCACUCCCCUGUCUGUAGUUAAGCUCCCACAAUCUGAUGCCAAAGCAGUGACUGCUCUACAGACAAAAUCCUUAACAAAAAGUCAACCAGCAAGUGGCCUAGUAAAAAAAGGCAAAAUGCAGGCAGUAUCUGCCUCUGAUUCUAAAUCAAAACUGACUCACAAAGCUGCCACUGAAUCUAUAAAAGAGAAGAUUCCAAAGAGAGAAGACCGCUAUAAAGCAUCAAAAACGAAAUAACUGAAAUCUUCGUAGGUUUUUGUUUGAGGGAGAUCUGUGCUAAAAUUGUGUAUUCAAGGCACUUGUAUUCCUUGUGAACAGAAUCUAUUGCGUCAUGCUCAGCCAUACAGUAACGGCUACAAAAUUCAUUGGUAUAGCUAUUAGAGAAAGAGGAAAUCUCCCAGCACAGAUUCAUGUGACCUAAGAUUGCAGACUCUCCAAGAAGCACAUUUGGUUCCUUCUUGGAGUAUAAAAAGCAAAUUGGGGUAAUUUUAAGGGAACUGUGUGACUUUAGCAUAGCUGCAUUGUUUCCCUGAUGGCAUGUUAUCUGUUCAGAGCAAUUUAACUUAUUUCCUGGAAGUGUUUUCUAAAAUCAGUAUCCAGGGUUACAUUAUGCAAAUAUAUCUACCAAGCACUCCGAUCACUAUGCAGAUCAUGCAC